AGGGAACGAAGGGAACGAGGAUAUCUUUAGACACAUCAACGUUUAUGACUGCAAAAGAAUGAUGCGACUUUUCAGAGUUGUGUUGCAUGUUGCUUUCCUAGUUAUUGUAAGUAGUAGACCACCUAAAGAUAUUGUGGCAAGAGAUGUGGUCCUCAUGGAUAUGGAUGCAGAACAGGGAGAAAAACCACGUCUUUCAGUUGACAAGCUUGUCCCACCUGAUCAUCUCGAUGCUGUACGCUUAGAACAGGACGGACAUAUCAACAAGGACUUCCACAAAGAAGCGUUUCUCGGUAAUCACGAGGAGAUUGAUGACGAUCCUGCACCUGUUGCUGAAUCAAAACUACGUGAUAUCUUCAAAAAAGUUGACACCAAUGGAGAUGGCCAUAUGGAUGUGGAUGAGAUGCAAAAGUGGAUAUUGAUUAAGAUCAAUGAACAUUUUAAGGAAUCAGUGGAAGAGAAUGCCCACAUAUUCAGACACAUGGAUCCUGAAAAGAAAGGUUACAUUGAAUGGAAGGAAUACUACAGACAUUUCCUGUUGGCCAAAGGUUACGAAGAUUCUAAAGCUUCUAAACAUAUAGAAGACUAUGACACCAUUGAUAUGAAGGAUGAUGAAAGGGAAUCACUGGUGAGGUACAAGUUCAGAUGGACAGAUGCUGACCAAGACAGUAACAACAAAUUAACAGAGGAAGAGUUCCUGGCAUUCCGUCACCCCGAACAGAGCAAGAUCACAAUGAAUAACAUGUUAGAGACCAUCCUCAAUGGACUGGAUGUUGAUAAAGAUGAUAUGCUGACAGAGGAGGAAUUCUGUGCCCUUCCUCCUGGGGAAGUGGUAGGGGAAGAACAGAAGGAGAUGGACAGAAAGUGGCAGGAAGAGAGGCGUGAUGAGUUUAGGAAUUCUAUUGACAAAAACGGAGACAAAAAGGCAGAUAAAGAAGAACUUUUAGUGUAUGUCGACCCCAGAAAUCCAGAUCAAGCCAGGUCUGAAACUCAAAACCUUAUCAGCAUGCUUGACGAGAACAAGGAUGGACUCAUCUCUGUGGAGGAAAUGAUGUCCAACAGGGACAUCUUUGUCAGUAGUAAAUGUGUUGAUGUGAAACGGGUCCUUCAUGAUGAAUUCUAAAUUUGGAUAUUUGUUACAGUUUUGAAUCAGGCACUCAAAAAAGAGGAUCCAUCUUUGACAGAUUUAAAGGAUUGAUAAAAAUAAUACUUUAGGGACUUAGCUAAUGUUGAUAUUUGAAUUUGAAUUUUUCAAGCUGAAAACACUCAAAUUAGACUAAGUUGAGGGAUUUGAACCCUAAAAUUUGAUAAAAAUAAUUCCCUAGAGAUUUAGAAUCUGAAUCUAAUUCCAUCAUAUCCAGUAUAGCGGGGCAAAUUAUUUCACACUUUACCUUGUACGAAAAUAUUGGCUUUGUAGAUAAUGUAUGUUACCAGUAUGGAUCUCUUCCUUAAAUGGUUUUCAAAAUGUAAUGACAUUAGGUAAUGUUUCAUAUCAAUAUUAGAUUGACCUGUGAGGCAGGUGUUUAUGUGUGAAGUUUUUAAGCAUUUAAAAUGGUAUUUCAGUUAUUGCUGUAGAAAUCUAAAUUAAUUUCAAAAUGACAAGACCUCAAGAUAAAACAUAAACAUAAAAAAGUGAUUUUAUUUUCCUGAAUAUUUUGACAUUUAAGCACUGAAAUAUAACACCAUUGUAUAUCAUUUUUUGUAGUGGGUGUUUUUGUUUAUUAUGACAAUUUUAUGUAAUCAAUUGUAUAUAGUACAGCAGGUGCUAUGUAGAGGGAAUUUUUUUUUCCUUGAAUAAAAAAUAUAAGAGUUGUAAUAGUUUUCUCAGUUAACUUACAUGUUUGUUAUCGAUGAAGAUUUUUUAUUAUCAGUAUUUAGUCUUUAUAUAGAUCGCUGAAUUUAUUCCCAUAAAGAAUUAUCUCCCCUUAGUUAACUGAUGUUAUACUUACCUAACGAGACUUGGGUUGCUUUUGCGUAAGAAGUUGAAACAGUUUGACUGGUUAAACCUGCAAAAAAAUGCCAGGUACAGAUCAGGAUCGAGGCUGGACAGCAGAAUAAUUGGCAGAUUGAAGGGUCCAGCCAUACCUGUCUGAAACUAAAUCGUUGAAUAUCUAUAGUUCAGAUUUUCAGCAUAAUGUAGGGUCAAUGCUCUCACAUACUUCCAGAAGCAUGUUGCUAUUAAGUAUAAGUGAAAUAGAUGGUACCUUAAUUUUAGUUAACUGAUUAGGAAAUUACAAAACUUUACGUAAAGCAGGACCAACAUCCAGGACAUGUGAGAAUAUUUCUAGACCCCUUCAACUGGGUUACCCUAAAGCGGCCUGAGGAAUGUGUUGUUGGUUUUUUUAAAUUAAUAUGCUUUAUAACACUUUAUCACAGCCAAUGCUUUGAAGUUUUAACUGCAUGUGAAUUAGCUGUUUUAGUUGUCAUACAAGGGUUAUUCUGGUAUGUUUACAUUUAAAACGAUCUUACAGCUGUCAGAUUAUUUCCCCAGGUGGUGUACCAAAUCUUAGGUCAUUUUGAAAUAUCGAUGUGAACUUGUGAAUCAUUGUAUAUAGCUCUGGAAAUCAAAUCAUAUUAUCAAACAUUCCAAAUAUUGUUUGCCACUGUGUGCAAUUCAUGAUAUACUUGUAGAUGUCAUUAGUCAUUAUUUCUUCAUGGUAGAAAUAGCUGGAGCUGUAAAUUCAUUUAUCAUAUUUCUUUCAUAAGAAAUUUUUUAUUUUCCAUCUCUCAGUUUAAGUGAAUUUUGAUCUCGAAAAUUUCUGUAUUUACAAUAUCUAGGUUGUUAAGAAUUUUGUUCUAACAUAUAUGAAUUUAUAAUUUCAAACAAGGCAAUUCAUUAAAUAGUCACUGUACCACAUUAUUUCCUAUUAGAUAAGAUGAUAUUUUAAAACAUCACAAAUAGACUGUUAUUCAUCAACAAAAUAAAUCAGGCAAAUUUUAGUCUCAUCAAAACUCCAAAUUUGCAAACUGGAGAAUUUAGAAAAGGCAUCUUAUUAUGUUAGCAAAAUGUACACACUCCAGUUAUGGGAUAGUUGAAACACAGUAACAUUUGUUAUAGACUGAACACCAAGGGUAUGUAAUGAUACUCUUCACCAGAAAUCAUCCAAAAUAAUUUUUUAAUAGAGCUGGUCGUAUUUUGCUGCAAUGGUGAUCAAUGGUGAUAAAGUGUCAUUAUACAAUGUGUAGUUAAAAUGAUUGGAACCAUCUUAAAAUGUUUUAAGCUGUUACAGACAGAGGGUAUUUAUAUAUAUAUUAUUACUAAAGCAGGUUUGACAAAGCACUUACCAUAUUUGUAAAGGCAAUAAGAUGAAGGGAAAAUUAUUUCAAACUCGGAUUAGGAAACUGGGCUUAUUACAGGAGGUUUAUCAACGUUUGUUGGCAUUUCUGCUGAGACUGUGAUAGAUGUGGACAGGCUUAUUAACAGACGUGGGCUUAUUGUGCUGAUAAACAUACAGUAUUGUAGGAGACAUGUUAUUAAUACUAUUGGAGCCUGAAAAACAGAUAUGUCGAUUAUGGCAAUCCUAACUGGUGGAGUUUGAUUUUGCAUUUGAUUUUCGAAAGCUUUUCUUUAUUCGUUUUUUAAACUUUUAUUUUCUGUGUGGAUGAAAUUUGAUUUAACAUUUACUGUUACCCAACUUUGUGACUGUAUCGAUUUGAAUUGUACUCCAGCUGAUCUGAAAAAGAUUUUCAAAUUUACUUGUAACCCUAUUUUGUACUUACUAGAGGUGGCCCUGAUUUUAGUGAUAGCAAAUGUAGUUCAUCAUAAAGAUUAUUCAUUAUUAAUAUAUGUAUUAAAAGUGAGAUUGUUCUUUCUGAAAGAUUUUGUUGAGUUAAGAAAAGAAAUACUCAGAACCGAAAUGGUAUAUGUUAUACAUUGUAUUGAGCAAUAGUAUGACAGUCAGGAUGUUAAUCACUCGCUACAGACAUUCCCACAACACCUACCGUUUCAGGGAUUUGAAUGAUAGAAAUAGUCCGUGAAAAUCAUUAAGUCAAAUUAUUCUAUUGUCAGAUAUAACUGGAUUGAUAAUUUUGUCUUUUAGUAAUGCUGAGUUAUCUGCCCUUGUGAGCAGGUUUUCAUUGUUGCAUUAUUUGUUUGUAAGAGUAACAUCGUGAGAUAAUGACGUAAUUUUCUUGAUAAACUAUUGACACAAUAGUCGGUACCUGGUUACAAGAGCAGAUAACUCUGCAUUAUGAAAAGAUGGAAUAGGGUUGUUGCAGUUCAAAAUUUGACCAUUGGAAUCAGAUUUAGAAUUAACAAAUCUGCAAGGGUCGUGUAAAUACAUGAUUUGCAUGACCUCUAUGAGUACCAAAAACAACAACAAAAACAAUAAAUAAACAAAAAAAACAAAACUGAUUUUAUUUGACUUUUAAGAGCUGUAAUGAUAAUUAUGACAAAACAUAUAUUAAGUUUCUGCACUGAUAAGUACAGUGUCAAAAUUUAAUAUUAAAAUUUCAGAUUUAAAGGCAGUGUUGAUGAGAUUGUUGAGUUUUACUUAAUAUCAGUUUAAUCAUUGUUGUGUAAUGUUUACUUAGAGUUGGUUAGCUCACACUCUCUAUAUCUGUAUCACCUAUUUUAUUUCCCAGAAAUGGCCAGCAACUCCCUCUACAGACACUGAAGUAAAAGUAAUAUCUAUUUAUUGCAAUGCCAAUAGUUGGAUUUGUAUCUGGACCUCUGGCUUACAAAGCUUAUAUUGAUAACACUAAACCAGUUGAGCGAAAGGGAAGUUCUCUCUAGCUGUUGUUAGUAAAACUGCUGUAAAUACUUGCAAAAAAUGUGUUUUUUUUCUCAAGUGAAUCGAAGUCAGAAAUUUGCUUGAGGUUUUUAGAUAACUUCUGCUAUAUUUUCCAAAUUUUUGCCAGCAAACUUCUGUAUAAUUCAAAUUUUUAAAAAAAAAGGCUCAUGUUUUUUAGGGGUUUUAAGGACAAAUACUUCAAAUAUAGUUUUAUAUAUCAUGUCUUUUUGUGAUGUUCAUCAUCGGUAGAUUUUAUGUUUUAUGUAAGUUUUUAAUGAUCAAAAUGUUGAUUUGUUGUACAUAUAUAUGAACUGUUAUUUAUUGCUCUGGUGAAAUAUUUUGUGAUAAUGAUGUAAACAAAACUAUGUGUUGAUUCAUUCUAUUAGUGUAAAGGAUUUUUCAUAUAUCUCUGCACUUAUGCUUUAUUGUAUAUUUUCUCAGUGUGAAAUACAUAUUUCAUCAGAAUUGUAAGGUUUACUCAAUAACUAAGUGUUCAGUUCAGCACUUUUCUUGGUUUGGCUUAUCAAUGAAAUAAUAUCUUCUCCAGUAUAUUGGGUCGUUGGGAAGAUUGUCCAGGAUGAUUUAUGUUGAAAAUUAGAAGGAUGUACCCAAGUCUUGUAUGUGAUACUAGAAAAAAAAUACUAGAGCAAUGAAAAAUGAAGAGCUAAAAAUCUUUUCUUGAAUGUAAGAUGAAAGAGAAGGCUGCACCAAAGAGAAGAAUUUGACAAAAAGUCUUUUUAUAGAAUACUCUUGUUUGGGAUAUUAGAUAUUAAAUAGAAGACUUAUUCCAAAUCUUUUCUAAGAUGCUAGAAAAAAGAAUAUUAGACAUAGAAUAUGGGAUAUGAGACAUUAAAUAGAGAACUUAUUCCAAAUAUUUUCUAGGAUGCCAGAAAAAAGAAUAUUAGACAUAGAAUAUGGGAUAUGAGACAUUAAAUAGAAGACUUAUUCCAAAUCUUUUCUAGGAUGCUAGAAAAAAAAAGAAUAUUAGACAAAGAAUAUUCUUCACUGGGAUAUGAGACAUUAAAUAGAAGACUUAUUCCAAAUCUUUUCUAGGAUGCUAGAAAAAAAAGAAUAUUAGACAAAGAGCACUCAAACUCUUUUAAUUAAUUCAGACAAAAGUGAAUUGUGUACUCAAAAUUUUGUCUUUGAUAGUAGAAAAAUCAGAUACUAGACAAAAGGAAGGGAUAUACCAUAAAUGUUUCCUUGGAUACGAGAAAAAAUAGGAUAUAAGACAAUAGAGAGGAGUGUUCCUAAAAUCAAUUUUAGAAAGCCAGACUGAAGUUCAGAGAAGGGUGUAUCCAAGAAAAUAAAAUAAAUAGCAUUAGAUCACGAUAAAUGAAAGAGGACACCAAUCCUAUUUAUUUUGGAACAUGAAUAAAGGAUAAAUUUACGGAAGAUUUAGUAGCAAAUAAACGUAUCAUCAGCAAAAUAAUGGUGAAUGUGAUGAAAAAUGAAGUAAAUAAAGUAAGUAUUUGAGUAGGUAAAGAAAAAAUAGAGUUUGAAUGCAUUUCUAAAUAAAUUAAUUACGUAUACAAAUAUGUUGAUAAUCAGGAGGGAAUUUCAAAUAGGUUUUCUUUUUAUGAUAUGUUUGUCUGAAAUGUGUCUCAUUUUAAGAUUGUUUUUAUGUUACAACAUGCUCCUUUUAUAAUUUCACAUUGCUAUGGUGGAAGGUGGAAUAGAGCACCAUAAAUAAUGUUAUAUUGUAUUAAGGUUUUUAAUGUGUCUUUAGUAUACGUUAGUGCACAUGUCUUACACGGAUCUAAAUGUUUAAAAUACUAAGUUGUUUGAUCAAAUAAAAAUGUUUGUCUUGUUUUUCA